AUGUCGCAGCCUCAGGACGCGUACACGGACGUGAUCCGCCAGUUGCAACAACAGUGCGUACAACAGGUUACUGGAGAGAACGGCGCUUCCGCUCAGCAGAAUAGCAAUGUCGUCAUGGAAUCACACGAUUUCGGCCAGCACGACUUCAAGCUCUCGGACUCCUCUGGUGGAGUCUACGCCAACCAGUCACACUUCGAUCAGACGUUUGAUGUCUCGCAAGAGCAUCAUCACGUCGAUGCCUCUUCGGAUACCAUGAGUCAAAUACUGGCCAACGACAAUUUCACUCAAAUUCAAAGCAAUCAAUACAGUACACAGCCAUAUGAUGAUCAAGGUCACAACCAGACUCAGCUGGCUCAGCUACUGGAAUGCAAUCAGCUUCUGCAGCAGCAGCAUCAUCUCGGCGGCCAGCAGCAGACUCCGCAAGAGACCUUGGGGCACAUAAAUCAUUUGGAUCAGCUGCACGCCAGCCUGGGCCAAUUGACGCAUCAGACAUCGAUAUCAGCAAUCGACGAAAGUCAACAACAACAAAUUCACGCCCAUCAUCUCCAGCAACAAAUAGACCAGCAACAGCGCGAUCAGCAGUCACUGGUCAAUGGGCAGCACGUCCCCUCCCAACAAGAACAACAUCAGCAGCAGCACAUCUUGGCUCAAGACCGGGCGUCGCAACAACAUCCGCAAGGUUUGUUGCAUAGCCCUCAGCUCGUUCUGCAGGCUUCGGCUCAAGAUUCCCAAGGUCUGGUGGGUCAGAAUUCAACGAUCUCUGCGGAGACAGCUUCGCAGAAUCACCUGGUCAUCGGCCAACGUCAGGAACAGCAGGAGCAGCAGCUUCAGCAAAUGCCCUUGUUGAUGCAGGGAGUCGGGCAGAUAAACUCACACGUCCAACAACAACAGCAAGCCAUGCAACGCAUCGAGCAACAUCAGCUAUCGCAACAACAACAGCGGCAGCAUCAACAACAACAACAGCAGCAGCAACAACAACAAUUACAUAAUCUCCAGCAACAGGAGCCGCAGCAACAACAACAGCAGCAGCAACAACAACAGCAGCAGCAGCAACAACAGCCGCAAAAUCAUGUCCGCAUCCAGAUACAUAGGCAAACGAUUUCAGCGAACGCCCAAACGCAGAGUACGGCGAGCCAUCAUCAACAGCAAUCCCAGCAACAGCAACUCCAACAACAGCAACAACGACAGCAGCAGCAGCAGCAGCAAAUUCAAACCCAGGUACCUGCUCAAACCCUCGUGGUUCAAACCUCGGUACAGCAGAAUCCAACUCCCAAUCACGGCUGUGCCACUCUAUCUACUCCAAUGCAGCAGAGCGGGUUGCAAUUGACUCCGAGUGCUAUAAGUCUGUCCGGCAACGCGGCUCAAAACAGCCAUCCGGGCGGUCUGCAGCACCAAAGCUUGCAGCAGAACAAUCAAGUCCACAGUAUCUCAGCCCAAUCGAAUGCAACAGCUCAAGUUCAGCAGCCCUUCGUGUUGGCUGCUGCUCAACCUCAAAUGCUUUCGAAUACCGCUGGUCUAGUCUUAGCUUUGUUUCUCUCCGGUGAAGGAGGUCAGCAAAUUCUACUGCCGGGAGCCAAUGGGACCUCCCAGAUCAUUCAGUUACCUGGAGGAGCUACGGGCGUCAUCCCGGCGACAGCCACGGCUGGGGGUGUUGUGCAGAUGGUCGCCUCGAACGGCAGCAUAUUCGCGGCCAAUCCUCUGGCUCAGUUGUUGCAAGCUCAGCAGCAGCAUUUCCUCGCUACGCUACAACAGCAAGCAAUCCUUCAAGCUUUGCAACAGCAGCAGCAACAACAACAGCAGCAGCAACAGCAACAACAACAGCAGCAACAACAACAGCAGCAGCAACAGUCACCGACGACUGUUUCUUCGGAAUCGCAGACUUCAACGCACAAUAUAGGGUCAAACAACACAGUAUCUAACGUUCCGAAUCGCUCGACGGCCCUCUCGAACAUUGGCGCACCUUCAGCCACGCCGGCAGAUGGACUGACACUGGCUGGAGGAGCGCAGCAAUUAGCCGGUGGUCAAACUCUGAGCUUGGCGGCCACCGCCUUGCAGCAGGCUUCCGCGACUCCCCAACAACAAAUUUUCGCGACUCCUUCUGGCCAAUUGAUCGCAAUCACAGCCCCUGCUCAAGCCAGUAUACCCACUCAUUCGAUGGGGUGCCAAUUCAUCCAAUUGUCGAAUGGCCAAAUCGUCAACAUCGGACCUCAGCUGGCUGCGCAACAACAUCAGCCAACAAUACAGUUGGCAGCGCCGACUGCCCAAGCUACUCAAAUGGCUUGCUUACCUCAAAGUGGUUCAGCGAACUCUAUCAUUGCAAACGACGCGAUCGCGCCCGCCGCCACCUUCACGACACAGCAGCCCGCCAUCAAUCAGCCUACGGUCGCCAUCAGCUCCGCGCAGAAAUCUCCUCUACCGAUCGCUCCGAAACCGAAGCAGUUCUCUAAUGCGUUGCCGUGCUCCGCGACACCUCCAAAAGUAACUACUCAGGGUUUUCAAACAACUACGCAAAAGAUUGCAAAUGCUAAAGUAGCUCAGGUGGUUCGGCAAAUCAAAUUGCAACAGUCCCAACACGUUAUCGUCGAUCAACGAGUAUCCGCUCCCAAUCAGGAUCAGGCGCCGUCUUUGACGAACGUGCAGCUUCCUCAGCAGAAUAGUUCCACUAUACAACAGCAGAAUCAGAUCGUAGCCAAUGCCAAUCAGGUUGUCGUUUCUCGAGCCUCAAUCCAGGAGACGUCUCUCCAGGCUUCGCAGCUACCGAAGGGCGCACAGCCGGUCAGAAUCGGGCAGAACGCGUCGAUCACUCUCGCUGGGAGCGGUCAAAGCCAACAGCUUCAAAUCCAGAAUCCUAGUGGGCAGCAGUUGAUACCUGUAUCGAUCGGAGGUCAGCUGUUUACCAUUGCCAACCCCGCGGCUCUUGCCCAAAACUCCGCUACGAUCCAGUAUCAAACGCCCCAAAUAUCUCCGCGCAAAGAAAUGUCUCACGUAACGAUACGACCGGCUUCGACCACGUCCGUACCUGCAAGCCUGGCGUCGGCCUCAACUCUCAAAAACAUCCAGGCCGAUCAGAAACAACAAUGUGUGACCUUGACGCGACAGCCGAACCAAGCGUCGAAGGGGCAAAUCGUUCACAUCAACCAUGGACAAAAUCAGAGCUCGAGCAUCAUUGCAAUGCAACAACAGCAGCAGCAACAACAACAGCAGCAGCAGCAACAACAGCAACACCAACAACAUCUGCAAUCUCAAGCGACCCGGGUCCAAGAAAUUCAACUGAGUGGCGGACAGAAAGCGAUCGUGAUACCUAACAAUCACUUGCCGCAACUUCAAAUUAGCGGCUUGAACAAUUUAGUCGCCAGUGCGCAGGUCAAUCAAUCGUCACCGCAGUCGAUAACUCUAUCGGCGGGAACGAAAAACUCGACCGCGUCGACUGUCGGCACGGUACCCGGUCACGUCGGGGGCCAGACUCUACAACAAACGUCGCCCAAGCAACAGAAUCUAUCGUCAAACGCGAAAAGCAAUUGGAAAGUCACAUCUAGUCGCACUCUACAGCAGUCUAAUCCGAAUAUUCAGUCUACUAACUUGAACAAAAGCGUGGUAAAGUCCUUGAAAAACGAUCAAAAACUUCCUCCAUCGACGACGACGUCGACCCCGUCCCUUCCUGCAUCCCAAUGUACAACGAUGUCAGUUGUCAUCAGUACCGCCAAUAAUACGACAGAAGUGCGACAUAUUGAGACGGGGAUCAGCCGGGUGAUCAGGGCAGAGCCGAUCGAAUCGAUAACUCAGCUAAAAAUGAAGCAGCUACAAGAUGUGCCACCCGCGAUCAUCCAUGCUAAUAAUCCCCUGAAUCCAGCGGGAACCAACAACAUUUCGUUGAGUUCCUGUCUGAAGUCAGAGAUUAAGCAGGAAGCUCCAGAAUGCCAACCGAAGCGUGUACGUCUCUCGUCCGGCGACGACAGCGAGGCUUGGCGUCCGCUGCCGCAACACCCUCAACGGAACUCGCAUUGUGGUAUCGUCGUACCAUCAGCACCCAAUAUCCCACCGCUCUCGCCCUCACCUCCGGCCCAAGGGGACUCAGCGGACGAGAGACCCAGCUCAGCGCAAUCGGCAGAAACCGAUGAAUCGAAAGACACGCAGCAGCAAGUGAUAAGCUCGACAGAAGCGAACAUCGUUGAUGGCAUCAACUUGGAGGAAAUUAAAAACUUCGCUCGAGCAUUCAAAAUGAGGCGUUUAUCAUUGGGUCUGACCCAAUCGCGGGUGGGCAUGCUGCUGUCGGCGACCGAAGGGCCCUCCUAUUCACAGAGCGCAAUCUGUCGCUUCGAAAAAUUGGACAUCACGCCAAAAUCAGCUCAGAAAAUCAAGCCGGUCCUUGAAAGAUGGAUGAAAGAGAUGGAGGAAAAAUUCAGUGCAAGUGGUGCUACUUGUGAAGUUGUAGACCUACCGGAUUCAGCAGUGGAUUCGAAUAAGAAGAGGAAGCGACGAACAUCCUUCGCACCGUCGGCCAUAACCGUGCUGAACACCUAUUUCAAGGAGAAUACUCAUCCUUCCGGUCCGCAAAUGAACGCACUUGCUGCUCAACUUGGUUAUGAUAGAGAAGUUGUUCGGGUCUGGUUCUGCAACAAGCGGCAAACCUUGAAGAAUAAUUAUAAGAAGCAGCAGCACCAGUUACAACAACAGUUGCAGCUCCGGAAUCAAGGUCUUUUGCCUGUGGGCCCCAUCGAGGCUGCCGUGGAAGACAGCAACACUCAGGAUAGCGAUCGAUGCUCCACAGUCAAUUCGAGCCAUGAGGAGACCAUCGUACCUUCACUAUGAUGGUCGCUCGACGCUCCGCGCUCUGUUCCCAUGACGGAAGAGGAAUCUUGUUGAUCAGUGUUGAAAAACACUUCGAAAGUCAAGGAUUGAAGAUCCAUCUGCCCCGGAGUCUUCCCGAUGCGAGACUCUUAGAUCAUCGAUCCACUCCAUUGAACUCCGUUCGGGGUUUGCCCUGCGAGAAACCUCAAGCGGGAGAAGGCCGGGCUGGGAUGAUGCCGUUCGGAAGUCUCCGACGGAUGAGCUUCGUUCAGGGUAGAGGAAAUUACCCGACCGGUGUCGCCCCAGCCAGACCUUUGACGCUACGGUUGAACGUAGAUAGUUUAUUGACCUCGCAUAAUUUAUUUGGAAAUGGGAUUGUU